AACCAUUACAGAGGUCAUGUAGAGCUGAUGUGGUUAGAGAGACAGAGGUGGAAGGAAAUGUUCAUUUCAGUUUCUGAUGCAACAAGUUGUUCACUCAGAAGAGAACGACAGUAACGUUUGUCACACAGAGCUUGGUCUUUUAUUUUAGUGAAACUCGUCAAAGUUGAUCAUGUGGGACGUUCUGCUGCUCUUUUCCAGCAUCUGUACAGCUGUUGUUGUAGGAGCUCGAGUUACAGUUACAGGAUACAGAGGAGAGAGAGUUGAGAUCAGAUGCAGAUAUGACUCUAGAUAUAAAUCAAAUUCAAAGUAUUUUUGUAAAGGCGAGUGUAGCUUUGGAAAUAAAAACAUCUUGGUUGAAUCAGGAUCUCCAGCUAAAGACAAGAGAUUCUCUCUGACUGACGACACGAUGAACAGAGUUUUCACCGUCACCAUCACUGAUCUGAGAACAGAGGAUGCAGGACAAUACUGGUGUGCUGUGGAGAGGAGUUUGCCUUUAACUGAUGUCUAUUCAGAGAUUUUGCUGAAGGUUAAACAAGAUAUCAAGACCACUGAAGCUUCAACCAUCAGCCCUUUUUUAACGACACAGUCGUCUUUCAGCACAACAGAACUGAAUCUACAAUCAGUCACUCAUCAUACUGAAAAUGAAAUAACAAGAACAGGAAAUACUACAGUUGAACUCCAUCAGCCAAACACUAACCUGGCUUCUGUUGCUGGCGGUCUGGGUUCGGUUCUGCUGGUUCUGACUCUGUGUUCUGGAACAAUCCUCAUCCUGAAAAAGAGGAAAAGGAAAUGUGGGACAGAUUUAGUUCAGCAAAAUGUGCAGCACAAUACAGAGACUGACGUCACCGCGGUAACAUCUUCAUCCAAUCAGACACCUGCAUCACACCUCGACAACCUCCCAGAAGUCUCUGCUGUUUACGCCACAGUAACCAAACAGCAGCCUGAUUCAAACCCCAGUCACACCCACUCGACCAAUCAGGUGACAGAUCCAGACUGUGAUUAUUAUGCCAAUAUAAAGUCACCUGACCCAACACAGGACAGCAGGACAGAAGUGAUCUACUUGACAGCAACACAUCCAAAAAUCUUUUCAAGAAAUGAGGGUGUAAUAUAUUCAGUGAUCAACAGUAAAUAAAAAGUCUGUCAAAAUCUGUUCAAAUCUAUAAUGAAUCAAUAUUUUGACACUUUUAUGUACAAAACAGUUUAUAAGUGUAUAAUGUUCACUAUGCUUCACCAACAAGAUAAGCAGCUAACAACAAAAUAACAUUGUGUGAUUUUUUUAAAUGUAAUUGAUACACCUCUUUAAAGCAGUUUAAGCAUAUAAAAAGUCAACUUACCCUUCUUUUUAA